UGUUCUUCGGGCGUCUGUGUCUGUUUCUUGUUCCUCAAGUCCCAAACCAAGGGGCCGCCCACUGGUCGAUUUCUCUUCGUAUGUGAGCAGAGAAUUGCCGGAAGAAUUUUGUCAAAGAUGCAUUCCAGUCAUCUCCUGCUCGAAGAGCCAAUCCGGAUGGCUUCCAUUCUGGAGCCAUCCAGAGCGAGUUACUUUCCUGCGAUGACGAAGAUCGUGGGAACGCUGGGGCCGCGUUCGCGGUCUGUAGAGGUUAUUUCCGAUUGCCUGAAGGCGGGGAUGUCCGUGGCGAGAUUUGAUUUUUCAUGGGGAGAUGCUGAGUAUCAUCGCGAAACUUUGGAUAAUUUGAAGGCUUCGAUUAAAAGCACCAAGAAACUCUGUGCUGUUAUGUUGGAUACUGUGGGCCCUGAGUUGCAGGUUGUCAAUAAAAGUGAGAAGGCAAUCACACUUAAGCUUGAUGAGAAAGUUACUCUGACACCUGAUCAAGGUCAAGAAGCCACAUCUGAGGUUUUGCCAAUCAACUUUGCUGGUUUGGCCAAGGCUGUGAAGGCAGGAGACACCAUUUUUAUUGGCCAAUAUCUAUUCACAGGAAGUGAAACCACUUCUGUUUGGCUUGAGGUAGAUCAAGUAAAAGGCGAAGAUGUUGUUUGUGAUAUCAAGAAUGCUGCAACAUUGGCUGGGUCAUUGUUUACAAUGCAUGCUUCUCAAAUUCGUAUUGAUCUGCCCACUUUAUCCGAUAAAGAUAAGGAGGUUAUCAGCUCAUGGGGUGCUCAGAACAAAAUUGACUUUCUAUCUUUGUCUUAUACACGUCAUGCAAAAGAUGUCCGUGAGGCCCGUGAAUACCUCUCCAAGCUUGGAGAUAUCAGUCAGACUCAAAUUUUUGCUAAAAUCGAAAAUGUAGAGGGUUUAAACCAUUUUGAUGAGAUUCUCGAAGAGGCGGAUGGCAUCAUCCUUUCUCGUGGGAAUCUUGGCAUAGAUCUACCACCUGAGAAGGUUUUUUUGUUUCAGAAAUCUGCUAUUUACAAAUGUAAUAUGGCCGGAAAGCCUGCGGUAGUAACGCGUGUUGUUGAUAGUAUGACAGACAAUCUUCGGCCUACUCGUGCAGAGGCAACAGAUGUUGCAAAUGCUGUUUUGGAUGGAUGUGAUGCGAUUCUUCUUGGAGCUGAGACACUACGUGGAUUAUACCCUGUUGAAACUAUUUCAACUGUGGGCAAAAUUUGUGCUGAGGCUGAGAAGGUUUUCAAUCAAGACCAGUACUUCAAGAGGACGGUGAAAUUUGUCGGCGAACCGAUGACCCAUUUGGAAUCAAUUGCAUCUUCUGCGGUUCGAGCAGCUCUUAAAGUGAAGGCUUCAGUUAUCAUAUGUUUUACCUCAUCAGGACGGGCCGCUAGAUUGAUUGCGAAGUAUCGACCAACAAUGCCCAUUUUGUCUGUUGUCAUACCUCGGCUCAAGACGAAUCAGUUGAGAUGGAGUUUUAGCGGCGCAUUCGAGGCUAGACAAUCACUCGUCGUACGUGGCCUUUUCCCGUUGCUCGCCGAUCCCCGACAUCCUGCCGAGUCCAAGAAUGCAUCCAAUGAGUCGGUCCUCAAAGUCGCGCUCGACCACGGAAAAGCCUCGGGAGUCAUCAAGCCACACGACCGCGUCGUCGUGUGCCAGAAAGUCGGAGACGCCUCCGUCGUGAAGAUCAUCGAGCUCGAGGAUUAAAACCUCCAUCCAUCCAUCCAUCUGUUGUCUGCAGUUAGUUUCUUACCCGAAUUCGAUGUGUUUAUUACUGCUACUUAUUCGACGAUUUAUCCGAAUCGACCAAUCCUGUUUUGCCUUUUGUCCGUGAUGAUGGAUCUAUCAAAUCAAAUCUUGGCUGUAAUAAAGACGCAUCUCCUCGUAAGUAAGCGUUGCGUUGGUUA